CUCUGAUCCUGGAAGAAAUGGGGCGGUUUAGGGAGCAGCCAAGUCUCCUCAGGGGCUGAAUGGGGGCAGCAAUGAAGGGGGAAGAGAGCUGAGGCCAGCAGAGCUGCGAAGGCUCUGCGGUCAUCCAGGACUGAGGGAGGAGGAGGGCGCCCCCAGUGGUAGCAGAGACAGAGCGCUAGGGACGAGCUACCCGGCCUUCCUUGGAGGGACUCGUUUCCCGACCCGGUGGCUCCCCGGGGCCUGUGAAGCCAGAGCCAGCCUGGCCCAUUCUCAGGGCUUAGUCCUCACCGCUGGGGUCCUGACUGGAGCCUUGGGAGGGGCCUUCACGGCCCUGGACCUCCCCACAGCCCAAGGGAGUCUCCAGGAGGAAGCCGAAGGGCCCCUCCUGGGGUCGAUUCCCAAGCCAGGAUUCACUGGGCUCUCUCCGACCAAUGGGCGCUGGGGGUUCCUGACCUCCCGGCUCUUUGCUGGCCACUCUCCGCCCGAGGUUCACCCUCUGGCCCCUGGACUGGCUUCUCAUCUCGGUCCUCUUGUGUCUCCGAAUGGACAGUAGGGUGUCAGCUCCCCGGCAGAGCAGUGGUAAGGGCUAGGCAAUUGGGGGUAAGCGACUUACCCAGGGUCCCAUGGGGCCACAUUUGAACCCGGGACCUCCUGGCUCCACUCUGUUUAAAAUCAGUUUGGCGGUGAGCUCCCUGGGACUAAGCAAGCCCGUUACAGCCCUGGGAGAGCCCAGCUCACUUCCUGUAGAUCAAGAGAAAGUGGGGCCAACCACAUGGGGGCUUACAGGGACACAUGGCAGGCAGAAUCCCACUUUUGCCAAGCUCUAGUUGCUGCCAGCACCUUGGGGUCCUAAUUCAAGCCCUGGAGAGCAGGGAGCCAGGGAAGGCAGAUAGAGGCAUUCAUGAGGGGAUCAUUUGGGGGGUCCUGAAGGUCUCCUCCUCUGACCUCAUGGGGAGGUGGACCUGACUACUGAGCUCCCCAGCCCUUACUCGCCCAAAAUGUAACCCCUCCAGAGUGACUCUUGGGGCACACUUCCGCCUUGCCCACAGGGACCAGCCUCCCUCCUGGACCCAGGUGUGGGGGUCAGAGGUUCCACUGUCCUGCCUUCCGGACCCAGGAAGCCAAGCUUUUUCCUGACCCUGGGGCCCAGGCCGUGGGCUCCCCUUUAGGGAUUCCAAACUGGAGCUCUCUCACAGGUCCCAGGAGUCCUCCCCAGCUCCUAGGGAGACCUCAGGACACAGGCCGGCUGCUCAGGCACAACACUUGUGUCUGCCUGUCACUCACGGGUCCCUGAGCUCCGCAGCAAAGGAAGGAGAAGCCAGUGGCUGCCCUCGAGGACUGCUCGGUCGAAUGGGGGAGACGACAGGUGGGAGUCUGUGCCCUGAGGGCAGGCCCAGGGUCUUUGUAACUCCUGUAGGACCAUCAAUCCCUGCACCAGAAGAGGAGGAGGGAAAGAUAUCUCCCCUCUGCUAUACUUCUCCCUCCCCGGCUCAGUGUGUAGAGAAACAAGAGCUGGUUCAAACAGGGAUCCUGGAACCAGAGGGAAUGGUCCUUGGGAGAAGCAGCCCCCCAGCCCAGGAGAUGGUGACGUUCCAGGAUGUGGCUGUGGACUUCACACGGGAGGAGUGGUGCCUCUUGUCCCCUCCCCAGAAGGAGCUGUACAAGGAGGUGAUGCUGGAGAAUGCCUGGAACCUGCUCUCUGUGGGGCUUCCAGCUCCCCCAGAAUAUGUGAUCUCUUAUUUGGAGAAGAGGGAAGCCCCAUGGAUGCUGGAGCGAGAAGGUCCGAGGAGCUGCUGCCCAGAAGGAGAGAUCAGACCUGAAAUGAAAAUGACUCUAACAGAAGUGGACCUUUCUCUCGACAAACAAAGACUCAUGAGUGAUGGUCCCCAUAACUUAGCUUGGAGAGAAUGCUGUGUUGAAUCUCAAAAUUCAUCCCUUAUUGAACAUCAAAGAAUCCACACUGAGGAAAAACCUAGUGAAUGUAGUCUUGCUGGACAUGAGAGAACCCACACUGAUGAGAAACCUUCUGAAUGCAAGCAAUGUGGAAAGACAUUCAGACAGAGCUCCAUUCUUGCUCGACAUCAGAGAAUCCACACUGGAAAGAAAACUUUUGAAUGCAAGCAAUGUGGAAAGACAUUCAGACAGAACUCCAAUCUUGCUAUGCAUCUGAGAAUUCACACUGGGGAGAAACAUUUUGAAUGCAAGCAAUGUGGAAAAACAUUCACUUGGAACUCCAGUCUUGCUGUACAUCAGAGAAUUCACACAGGGGAGAAACCUUUUGAAUGCAAUCAAUGUGGAAAGACAUUCAGACAAAGAGCCAAUCUUGCUCGACAUCAGAGAAUCCACUCUGGGGAGAAACCUUAUGAAUGCAAGCAAUGUGGAAAGACAUUCAGUCGCAGUGCCUACCUUGAUAUACAUCAAAGAAUCCACUCUGGGGAGAAACCUUUUGAAUGCAAUCAAUGUGGAAAGACAUUCAGUGAGAGCUACUCUCUUGCCAAACAUCAGAGAAUCCACACUGGUGAGAAACCUUUUGAAUGCAAGCAAUGUGGAAAGACAUUCAGUGGGAGCUACUCUCUUGCCAAACAUCAGAGAAUCCACUCUGGUGAGAAACCUUUUGAAUGCAAGCAAUGUGGAAAGACAUUCAGUGAAAGCUGCUCUCUUGCUGAACAUCAGAGAACCCACACUGGUGAGAAACCUUUCGAAUGCAAGCAAUGUGGAAAGACAUUCAGACAAAGAGCCAAUCUUGCACGACAUCAGAGAAUUCACACCGGAGAGAAACCUUAUGAAUGUGAGCAAUGUGGAAAGGCAUUUAGUCAGAGAUCCUAUCUAACUAUACAUCAAAGAAUCCACACUGGGGAAAAACCUUAUGAAUGCGAGCAGUGUGGAAAGACAUUCAGACAGAGAUCCAAACUCGCUGUACAUCAGAGAAUCCACACUGGGGAAAAACCUUAUGAAUGCAAGCAAUGUGGAAAGUCAUUUGCAUGGAGCUCCAGUCUUGCUCUCCAUCAGAAAAACCAUAGAUUUUCACACAGAGCUCUCACCUUGCUAAAAAUCAGACAAUUCACACUAGUAUGUCAUAAGAUCCACUAAAAUUAGGUCCAAAUGAGCAUGAUUUAGACCUUAAGCGUGAUCGCCAUGAGCAAAAUAAGGAGGAUUGAAUAGUUUACCUUUUAGUUCAGCUUAGCAAGUUCAUUUGCUUUAAAACAGUAUGUCCAAUUAAAUACUUGUUAAAAACUGGUUCUUGGUUUCUAUAGAGUUUAUUAAUAUUUACCUGAAAUAGAGUAGAUAAAUAGAGAUCAAAACCUAUUUCUAAUUUAAUUUUGAUCUUGUCACAUGGUGCUCUGUGCUCUGCCUCAUUGUUCCCAGCCCAUGUCCUGCAAUGCCACCAUCCAACUAAGGUGGGUAAAGUUCAAUGUUUUACACACUUCUAGUGAAAGAAGCUUUGGAGGUAUAAGCUGCUUAUGUGAAAUGAUUUGUUGAGAUUAGGCAUGUUAACAUCCCAAGACCCCAAGUGGGGAUAUUUUAAUGUGCUUGUCUUACAAUAGAAUCAUAGCGAGGAUUGUUUAAGAGGAACCCCCUCUUAAACCUGCUUUGUCCAACCUGUGUCCCUGUGCUGUGUGACUGGAUGUCACACAAUACACAUACAGGCCAAAAGAAAGGAUAAAAGAGAGGGUGCAAGGGGGUGCCCUAUAUUUCCUUGGAUAGUGGCAUUGGAGGAUGUGGGCUGGGAGCAAUGAAGCAGAGCAAGAGUUAGAGAAAUUCCAUUUAAAAUAUUUAAGAAUCUAUUUGCCAAGAUAACACAGGAAUUAUAUGAACACAAUUACAAAACACUUUCUGUACAAUUAAAACUAGAUCUAUAAUGAUACAUAUAAAACCCAAUUGAAUUGCUCAUUGGCUACAGGAGGGGAGGGAAAGAAUAUGAAUCAUGUAACCAGGAAAAAAUAUUCUAAAUUAAAUAAAUAAAACUGUUAAGAAUUUAAAAAUAAUAAAGUAAAACUAAUCUAAAUAAUUGGAAAAACAUUAAUUGCUCAUGUGUAGGACAAGCUAAUAUAAUAAAAAUGACAAUCCUACCCAAAUUAAUUUGCUUACUCAGUGCCAUACCCAUCAAACUACCAAGAAACUUUUUAUUGAGUUAGUAACAAAGUUCAUCUAGAAGAACAAAAGAUCAAGAAUAUAAAGGGAAAUAAUGGGAAAAAUGUGAAGGAGGCCUAGCAGUACCAGAUCUUAAACUGUACUAUAAAGCAGUGGUCAUCAAAACAAUAUGGUACUGGCUAAAAGACAAGGGAGGAUCAAUGGAAUAGACUUAGGUCUAUAGGGUAAAUGUCCUCAAAAAGACAGUAUGGGAUAAACCCAAAGAUCCACCUUUUGGGACAAGAACCCACUGUUUGACAAAAACUGCUGGGAAAAUUGGAAAACAGUAUGGGAGAGAAUAGAUUUAGAUCAACAUCUCACACUGAACAGGUUAAAUUUAAUGGUUGGACAAUAAUUUAAUGAAAUUAUGUGGUUGCCAAUAUUCAUUACAUCUUGAGUCAGAAAUUUAUUUACAAAUAUUUGCAAAUAGAGAGGAAACAAUAAAGAAGAGAAAUGUGUGGGGGAUAGAGAAGUUAUCUAUCCUAUCUUAAUCCAGGCAGAUAUUAAUUAGCUCCCAAGUAGGAAGGCUGGUGGUGAGUUACCAUGUGGCCUCCAAGAUGGAAGCUAGUCUCUUAGGAAAUGAGGAAAGGAGUCAGCCUUUCACUCAACCAAAGAAGUAAUCAAGGAGUCAGAGUCUAAGUUGAAGUUGAGCUCCAAGCCCACGAUCCAAGUCAUAGUCUCCAGCGAAGCUCCCUCAAAGACUCUCCCUGGUCAGAAGACUAUCUCCAGAAGACAAUCUCUUCAGACUAUCUUCUCAAAAACAAUCUGCUCUAAGGAAGUUCAGGCUUGCUUUUAUAGUGACUUCUUGUAUCCUCCCCUCUUCACAGGGGCCAAUCACAGCUUCCAAAUUGCCCAGCACUGCCCAGGAGACAGUGUUUGUGGGAACCACUUAUCAUCUUCUGACGAUUGUUAUCACUGAAGUGGUGCACUUCAUAAAGUGAGUCCGGACACCCAGAAGUUUAAAUUAAUAGAACCAACAGUUAUUACUGGCCAGGGCAAAACUUCCUAAUGAAAGUUGCACUGGACUGAAGUUACAAUGCAGUUUUUAUAGGAUGCAAGAUACAAAGCAAACAAUGUUCAUUAAUGAGACAUAGCCUUGAUAAAGCAAGCAAACCUUAUUGUCUAGAAGCUAUUUUCGUCAGUAACAUGGGGUACAGGACAUUCCAUUUUAUAUCUUAUCCUUGUUAGUAAGGGAGUUACUUUCUCAUGGAUCCUGACUGUAUGUUGUUUUGGUUCUGAGCUGCCUGACCUUCACAGGAAAGCUCAGUUCUGAUUUCUACUUUCCCCAGGGAAAAACAGGUUUUCUGGUAAAUGACUUGGUUUACCUCACUUCAAUCCCUCCUUAUGUGUGUAAGUCAAACCCUUGUCUCAACUUUGGUGGGUAUGGGAGGGUAGCAAGGCCAAAAGUUUGACUGCCUUUAGGUGCCACUGGACAUAGGACAUAAGGCGAUUUAUUAAGCAGGGCCCAAUACCAGACCUCUGGGGGAUCAGCAGAUUGUGAGCACAGGGUGAAGGGGAGAGGCCCCGAGGUGGAGCAAUAGCUGCGCUGGCAAUGUAGCCCCUUUUGGGGCUGAGCAGGUUUUUCCUGUAAAACAUGCUUUAUCAGGGUGCCGUGGUUCCCGUAUAUUCCCGGGACCUCAUGAGCCACUGAGAGGUCUAUGAUGGAAGCCCCCAGACCCCCUUCUCUACAGCGUGACCUUGGGUUUAUCUGUCUCCACAGGGCUAGGGUCUCAUAGCCCCCAGGCUGCACUGUGACAUUUACCAGGAACAUUGCAGGAAGUUGGCAUACAAGCAUAUAAAUGAACUUUAACCAACAUCAAUGGCCCUCCUCCCCCCCCACAUGCAGCCAACCAGCCCCCAUAAGAACCUGCAGGAUGUCUCUAGCCCAUUCCAGGAGGCUUCGUGGUCCCAUCUCAUCACCUUCUGAAGGCUGAAGUUCUCAAAAUCAAAAAGGUUCUCAGUUUCCUGAUUGACUGGAUUUCUAAGGGUAGUUUGGGAGCUCCUCCGCCUAGUUCAAGCUUUUGUGGAGUCCAUCAAAAAAGUGUGUUAAUUCAAAACGGGCGAAGGGGGUAAAGGAUUCCCUUAUGGCACGGCACCAGCAAGGCCCAAGUCAAGUAAUUUAUGACCUCCCAGUGAAGGACAAUUGCAGCUAUCGUGCACUUGGCCACUGGCAGCCAGGACGGCAGGAAGUUGCCAACCUAUAAAAGAGGAGAGACUUCCCUGGUCUAAUGUUACCUUCGAUCUGAGGGAGAAGGGCGCCAAAAAGAAAGGCAAACAGGGUCCUUGUAGGAACCUGGCACGGGGAAGUCCCGUCUGGAUUUGCCCAACAACCACUUCCUCAAACCCCAAAAACAAGUCCUCAGUCUCGGCUCAGAUCCCCGUCGAUCCCCAGGUGGGCGAUCUCUGUGCCUUGCGCUUCUGAGCACUGUGGAGAGGCUCUUUUGUGACCGCUUCUUCCGAAAUGAGGCGCCAUCAUUAGUGAAAGUCCCCAUAAUCCGUAACCAGUGGCAGGUUUCCAUUAUCUAAAGCUUGUGGGCAUUUUUGGCAGAGUCAGCCAGGUUUUCCCACCUAUUUUGUCAAGAAUUUGGGAAAAAGAAGGCAAUUGGGGUUUCAGAGAAGUCGGGCCUGCAUACAUUUCAAAAGCCUGUGUGAAAAGUAACCAUUUUGAGAGCAGUGCUGAGUGCAACUAAUCUGCCUAGUGAUGCCACGCCCAAAAGAAACCACGCCUCCUGAAGGGAGGAGGCGACUCUUAAAGGGCCAGACUUAAAAACAUUUUUUCUGUUGCAAAAAGCUUUUCAAGAUACAAGACGGCAAAGAAACUAUUACUUGCCAUGGGUUAUCUAGCCUGGAUUGCAUAUGUCUUGUAUAUGUUUUACGACUUAUUGUUUGUCAUGAUUCCGGAUUAUAUUUAUUUUCUGCUUAGCAUCUAUGAAACUGCAAUGGCUGAAUAUAAGUAUGUAUCGCUUGAUUUCAUUCAUUCCCACAUAUGCUGGAGCAUUAUUCUUCUUAACCCUAAAAAUAGGUGUGCAUCUAAUUUUUGGGAAAAAAGCAAAAGAUAAUGAAAUGGCUGUGACGAUUUUAGCCAUAAAGGAGGAGAUGAUGCAACUAAAGGAAAUGAUGAAGCAACUGAGUGAAGAGAUACAAUGUGGCAAAGGUAUUAACACACAGCAAGACAUACCUAAAAAUAACAAUGUAGUUCAGCAAGAAAAUACAGAUGGGGCUGAAGGGGGAAUACCAACAUUGCCACUAAGAGAUCAAACAAGCUUACAACCAGAUAGUGGCAUAAUUCAUAUUAAAACAAAUAAACCAUUUACAACAGCUGAGCUUGAAAGUCUGAAAAGACGGAUGCCUUCCUGGUUUUCAGAACCGAUGAGAUGUUUAAAAGAAUUUAAAAGAGCAAUGAGGCUUUAUGAUCCAGAUUUCCAGGACACUGAAAUUCUUCUCUCAGAAUUAUUUUCAAAAAGGGAAACACAACAAUUCCUUGAUGAAACUAGAAAAAAUCCAAAUUUAACAUCAUGGCCAGAGGAAGGAACAGACUUAGAGUUAUCUGAUAAUUAAAAUCUACAUUACUUAAGAAAGGCCAGAGAAGACUUAUUAGAGGCAAUGAAAAGUUUUUUCGAAAAGACCAGAUACUUGGGGAAAAUUUGAGAAAUUGAGACAGGAAAGUGGGGAACAUCCAUCAAAGUUCCUCGAUAGAAUGAUUGAAGUAGCAGAGGAUGUGCUUGGAUUUGAAAAUUUAACAGAACAAAAUCUCCAACACAUAAGGAGACAAUUUGUGAGAGGCAGUAAUACACCUAUUAAAUCAUAUUUUAAACUUCAGUGCUCAGAUUGGGAAACACUAAGUCUGGAAGAUUUAAGAAAAACGGCAACUUACAUAUUUUCAGGUCAUAAAGAAAUGCUAGAGGAAAAAGAUGAAAUAAUAAAAGACCUUAAAGUCAAGCACAAGGAGGCAAAUAGCUCAAGUAAAUAUAAAGAAAUUGAAGAAAUAAAAAAUCUAGCCACUCUGCAAUCAUACAAACCCACAAGAAAUUACACACAAAGCAAUCAAAGGAGAAAUUUACCCAGAUGUUUCCUCUGUGGAAAAAUGGGUCACAUGGUUUGAGACUUAUUUAAAGGCACAAUUAUUCCAAGCUAAUAACAAACAAAGGUCUUGGAAAAGCAAUGUAAAGUAUAGCAGCAAUAAUACACAAACAAAUACAAAAUGUUGUGAUUGUAAUUGCAAGAAAUCAUUGCAAGCACCAAAUUUAGAAACCAUGGAGAGGUACAUCCAACAAGGAGAGAAACCACGUUAUUCACAAGUAGUCUCAUGUGCUGCAAAACAAAGUCAAUUAUGAAGUCAGGUACAUGGGGUAACAUCAAAAGGGAAAAAUGGGAAAGGAAAAGGGAAAAAUGAAAAGGAAGGAGAGUGCAUGCAGAUAGAAUGUGGGGUGCCAAAAGCACAAAAUAAAACUAAAGAACAAAUAGAAGAAGAAAUCCAAUUAGAUAAUGAUGUAACAGAGAUUAAAGAGAAAAAUUUUGGAACAGUAGAACAAGCUACAAAGAAAGAGGAAGAAACAGAAGUGGCAACAGUCUGUAAUACUCAAACUGUAAAUGAAUUAAUUGAAGCAUAUGAGCAAACAACAGAAGGGUCCAAUGGGGACGAAAAUGCAAUAACAGAAGACAUUCAAAUUAGCAGACCUCCUGGAGACAAUGACACGGAAAGCAGGGAAGAUAUUACAAAAGAAAAUACCAAUGACAUAAUAGAAAAGUCAACCUUAAAUCCUUAUGCAGAAGAAUUCCAACCAAUAGUAACUGCACAAGAAAAAACAAACACAAACAUUAUUAUGCCAUCCUUAAGUCUCCAUGAUAAUGCAAUUCCAUUGCAAACUGAUGAUGAAUUGCAAAGUGAAUGGUCAAAGCAACAAGAAAAGUCUGUAGAUGAAGAACAAAACUGGGAUUUGAACAAAAUAGAAAUAGAGGUGCCUAUGGUCCAAGUGUGCCAACAAAAUGAGAACACAGAACCAAGGGUUAUGAUAAAAGUUGGUAAUGAGAUCUACCCAUCUCUUAUUGAUACAGGAGCAACUAAAUCUGUUUUAAAAACAUCUCCCAAAAAGAGACAAAUCACAAGUUACGUCCAAGUUAAAGAGCUUGCAAAAGACUUGGGGAAUAUAGAAAUCAUCAAGCAAAAGUAAAUGCAAGACACGAAUCACACAGAAUCACUAUAUUCAAUAAUAUUUGAUUCAGAAAAUGAAGAAGACCAAGAACCUUAUGAAUAUGUCAAACCUUACAAUCAAGAUCACAAAGCUUUACAAGAGGAGAUGCAGGAUUUCAUUAACAACUCAAAUCAAGAACAAAUGAUCCAGUCAGAAGAGUUAGUUAAGGAAAUAAACUACACAAUCACAUUAGAAGAAAUGCUGGCAGCAUUGGGAGUCAAGAAUUACCAAGAACUUUGUGAAAAGUAUGUGGAAGUGGAUAAAGCAGAUAAAGACACUAAAUUUGCAGAACAAGAAAAUCACAUACCUGAUCCAAAACAAAAGGAAGAAGCAAACAAUGUAAUGCUCCUAUCACAUCUUCCUUUCUCUGAUGUAGAACUUCUCACAAACUAGACUGUCAAUUAACAAAAUAUAUAUGAGCUUUACAGACAAGAAUAGCAGAAUUGCAUGAAAUGGACUUGAUACAAUAAACAGUACCCCUGGAUUACAAUUUGCACAACAUCAAACUAGGAGACAUAGUAUAAUUAAAGAAUUUCAAUAGAAAAUUGGCUACAGACAUAAAAUGGAGUGGACCACAUGAAGUAUUGCUUACUACCCCAACAGCUAUUAAAGUUACAGGGAAAGACUCAUGGUUUCACUGUUCCCACGUGAAACCAGAAAAAGUUCAACAUCACUGUAACAGACAUAGAAGAUAAUUAGACAAAAGAUAGUGCUGAGAAAUGGAAACAAAAACUGAUUAACAUAAAAAGUACACCACAAAGAAGUAAUAGUGAAACAUAAUGUUCAAGACAACUUCCCAGCCCAGAGGAAAAGCAACCCAGAGGAAAAGCAUCCCAGAAGAAAAGCAUCAAGAAAAGAUGCUAGAGACAAGAAACAAAGAGGAAAAGCUGAAAUAGACAGCUAAGACUUUGAACUUUGUUAAUUUGUUUAUAUAAGAAGAGGACAGAUAAAAAACGAGACUUAUAUGUAAGAAUGAGUGUAUUGAAAUAAUAAAACAAAAGUAAUUUCACAUAUUAGGGAAAUAGCAUGCAUCACUACAUAACUUGGAAGAAAGAAGAGAUCCAUCAGUCAACAUGAGAAGUGGAAAUCUGAAGAAACUUGAUAAGUAUUCAACACAACACUAUUAGACACAAAACAAAAUCACAAACUGACAUAUUGAGAGACCUUGUUUAUAUAAACAAGUGUCUGAAAUUGUAUUUAUGCAAAAUGUAAAUAUGUAUAUAGUUAAUUCCAUUAGGUCUUAGGCAAAUAGAAAGAUCAAUAGAUAUUUCUAUUUGACUGACAUCAUGAUGUGGAACAAUGUGUAUUGUAUUAUAAAUAAUUUCUGUAAAUAAGGUAUUAGUUUUAGUUAACGUAGAGUAAGUAGUAUUAGCAUUAAGACUCAAAUUUCUUGUAAUAGUUUUGUUCAAACAUUUAUUGUACUGAAUUUAUUGUAAAACCCCAAAACUACCCUUGCCCAAACUUUCCUGCUAAGAAUUCUUAGUGUAGAUUUAGUAAAUUGGUAACUAUAAUAUAAAUAUGUGACCUUGGGAAGGUCACAACAAAAAAAGGGGACGAUUGUGGAAAGGAAACUAGAAUGACAGUUUGUGGAGGAAAGGGCCAACUGGAAGUGGCUGUUGGGUCUUGUGACUAGCACUUCCUUCCUGCCGAUUUGGGACUUGCUUCCUGGUGUUGGAGGAGAGAGGAGCUUGUUCAGCCCAGUCUGGGGUGGUGUGCCACCUCUUUCUUGGUUCAGCCUGAAGAUUCAAGCCCAAUCUCUUCUGAAGGUUAGACCGGUUCUUGUUUGCUUUCUAUCUACUGCUAAGAUUCUAAAAAAUACAAAACUGGACUGAUAUAGAGUAGACGGGCAUGGGAGAACCCUCCGCCAGCCUCUGGGGCCUGGCCUCAGGUCUGAAGCUGAGAAAAAACUCUAAUCCCAACUAGUUAUUAAACUUUAUAUUAUUUGAAUUCUCAGUCAGAUAAGUGGACUAUCUUUUCUGGUCAUAGAGAGAGCUGAACUUCAGUUCAGUCAUUCUAUAACAAGCAAUCCUUAUCGGACCCCUGCUGUUUCCUCUCAGCAGGGGGCAUCUCCCUCCUUUGCUUCAUCAAGCAAUAUACCCUCUCUCCCCUCUCUCCUCUAUAGCCCUAUACAAAUCUCCCAGAAAUCCCCAUUUUUUCCAAUCCUAUUUCCUUUCCCAAUAUUACAGUAUGCAUUGGUAUUGGGGCUAACAGAUAUGUAAACUAACCCUUCAAAAUAAAAAACAGUAAUACUGA